GGAUAUUGCAGUGGAGUAUCUGCCAAGGGUAAAAGAAUCAAUCUCGUUCACAACGUUUCAGGGUCAACUCAUUGAGUUGAAAGUGGCUAACACAAUUACACCCUGGUGUAGUACGUGUAGACACUAUUUUCACCUGGCAGAGGAUUGCACUCGUACCAGGUGUCGCCGAGCAUCUAGCCCUGCACGGCACCAGAGUCCAACGCCAAGUGAAGCCUCAAGUGCAGCAUCAAGCGAAUCCUCCAGGGAGGCGGGUAGUCAUCACUCUGUCCCGCCCAGUCCUCGCCCCAGCCUUGGUAGAAGUCGGAACUCGCCGUCAAGGCACUCGGCAAGAUCGUCCAUGGGAGCUAGGUCGCAGAAAUCAGCAUCAAGGAAGGUCUCAUCCGGCUCAGAUGACCGACGGAGUAAGAAGCCCACGUAUAAUGGGGCCUUGGGCCCUAUGGGCAACAGAGGAACUUCUUCUCAAGGGCCUGUACAAGGGCUGCUCUUCAGAGAGAAUCCGAUUUUUUUGCCAGGUACUGAAAGAUCCACAGGCAACUUGGAUGGCACAACGCCGAAACAACGGGAGGUCUCGUCAGCUGUAAUGGGGCGUUUGAUGAAGGGAACAGAGGGAGCAUCUUCCUCCUCCGCGGCCCAAGCAAAGCACAAGGACCAAGGUUCGAAGUCGGAUGGAUCGAGGAUGGGGAACACUCUGACGAAACAACGUCGAAGGCUUAGUGAUGAUAUGGGGGAACUCCGCAUUCAAGAGACGGAGGAAGAACAUUCCCCGUGGGAAGUACCAAGGCCACAAAAUGGCGCUGGAGAGACCAUCAUCGGUAAAAGAAGCAGACAGCAAAUAACGAGCUCGAAAGCCAGUGAUCGAGAGUGGGCAAAGCACUUGUUACCGCUGCUGUUCGUUGCGACUCAGGAGGGGGUCUUUACUCUUGCCUGGGCAACUUCGCCUACGGUGACAACUCUCCCAUCUCAGCCGCUAGCCAACCCUCCGCUGCCAUUGGAGAUUAUGAACAUCACACGCAGGAUUUAUGGUAGCGAUAUUGCGAAAGGAGACAAACAGAAAAAUGGGAAGGAAGAUGAGCGAGAYAGAGAGAAAGAGGAGGAGAAAGAAAAGAUGGAUGAGAAAGAGGAAGGAGGGAAGGAAGUCAGCAAGGACAGAGAAGGGAAUAAGGGUGAGAAGGGGGAUGAGGUAAACUCUGUCAGGAAGGAAAAGAGACCCACUCUAGCAGGCAAUCAAGGGAAGGUAAAAGUAGGAAAGGGCUCCAGAUCUGGCUCCAGAUCUGGCCAUCGGCAGAAGUGGAAAAAGAAAGCAAACCCCAGAAAGGAGUCUCUAACUGAGUUGGACAAGUCAGAAAAGCUAAAGCCCCCCCCCGCCCCCUCCCCCCACCCUCCCCCUCCAAAGGGGAAGGAUCUUCAACAGAAGGAUGAUGUGAUGAAGGAGCGGGUGGGAGAAGAGGAAGGGGAGGACCAGGCUCGGGAAAAGGAUAACCCGGAUGCAGUAAAACCUUUUGAGAAACCGAUCGGGGACAUUGAGAAACUAACUGGUUCAGCAGAUUUGGGUUUUGCCUUUACAGAUGGAGGUCUACAGUCCUUGGUAAAAGACCCAGCCCAAGAAAAGGAGGUUGACCACCAACCUAAAGAACUGACAGAACUGACUGAGAAGGCAGAAAAAACCUCUGGGAUGGAAGGAGUUAUACAAGGGGGGCGAGUGAGAGAAGAGGAAGGGGAGGACCAGGCUCGGAAAAAGAAUAUCCCCAAUGCAGUAAAACCUUUUGUGGAACUGAUCAAGGACAUUGAGAAACUGACUGGUUCAGCAGAUUUGGGCUUUGCCCCUACUGAUGGAGGUCUACAGUCCUUGGUAAAAGAUUCAGCUCAAGAAAAGGGGGUAGACCACCAACCUAAUGAACUGACCGAGAAGGCAGAAGAAGCUUCUGGGAUGGAAGGAGUUAUACAAGGGGGGAGAAAGUCCAAAGCCAAAGAACCCCUGGCGAAAGUUCAGAAGGGGAAUAAGAAAGCCCAAAUGGGCAGAGGGAAGCGGCCCAUGAGUAAAGAGGACAGACUCAAACCCAAACCAGGGGCACAAGAGGAAGACUUACCCAGCAAGAAAAGGAGGACAAAUGACAACGAGGUGGUGUUUCGGAAGACCUACCUGGGAAAUGAAGAUUUCGUGGGCACGGAUGCCGGGCCUACAAAGCACGCCUUGGGUCAACGGACUGGGACCCCGUGUACGCCACAGGAAGAGGAAACCCGUAUCCAAUACGAUGACGGCGAGGACCUGAAUAAUGGUCUUGCCCAAUCGGAUUAGAUUAGUAAACUGGAAUAUAAGAG